UUUAAAACGCAUUUGAAUCUCAUUAAAUAACAUUUAUGGACGUAAAACGUGUUUUGCUUUUUUCGUUAGGUGUUCUAGAAUAUUCUGGAAGGCAAAGAAUCUGCACCAAAGUUCCGAGCAGGUAGUGCGCAUGCGCUGGAUAUUUCACGUGGAGAGAGCAGAGAUUCCCCCCUCCAGUGUGUCAGAUCAAGAAGAAACCGGGGUGCAGCAGCUUCACGUCGACUACCAGACCUCUCACACAUCCAGAAAUGGCCUUCAGAAAAUUCCUUCCCUUGUUCGACCGGGUGCUGGUGGAGCGCUUAGUCGCGGAGACGGUAACAAAGGGCGGCAUCAUGCUGCCAGAGAAGGCUCAAGGCAAAGUGCUGCAGGCCACAGUGGUGGCAGUAGGUCCUGGCUCUGUCACUCAGGAUUUCUACAACUGGCCGGAUGAAUCAUUUGAGGAGAUGGACAGCACCCUGGCUGUCCAACAGUAUAUUCAGCAGAACAUUAGAUCAGAUUGCUCCAAUAUCGACAAAAUCCUGGAGCCUCCGGAGGGUCAGGAUGAGGGGGUGUGGAAGUAUGAACACCUCAGGCAGUUCUGCCUGGAGCUCAAUGGACUAGCCGUAAAACUGCAGAGUGAGUGCCACCCAGACACCUGUACCCAGAUGACCGCCACAGAGCAGUGGAUCUUUUUAUGUGCUGCCCACAAGACACCCAAAGAGUGCCCUGCCAUUGAUUACACCAGGCACACGCUGGACGGAGCUGCCUGUCUUCUCAAUAGCAACAAAUACUUUCCCAGCAGGGUGAGCAUCAAGGAGUCAUCAGUGGCCAAACUAGGCUCCGUCUGUCGUCGCAUCUAUAGGAUAUUUUCUCAUGCCUACUUCCAUCACCGCCAGAUAUUUGACAAGUAUGAGAACGAAACGUUCCUUUGUCACCGGUUCACACGCUUCGUAAUGAAGUACAACCUGAUGUCCAAGGACAACCUGAUCGUGCCCAUUCUGGAGGAGGAAGUGCAGAACACCUCGUCAGCUGGGGAGAGCGAGGCCUAAAGACACAAGCUGCUGCCAUAAAGGGAGACCCCUACGUAAAACACAAGUUUACACACGACAGAGGCGACACACACACACACACACACACACACACACACACACACUCUACAGUGUAUUACGGCUCCUGUCUAGUAACACUGUCCAUGUCCCCUCCACCCUUGUCACCUGUGUCUGUCUCAAAGGAAGUAAGGGUUAAAGAAUAGCGGGAGCAGAGUUCAGCCAUGCCUGCAGGACAAGAUGACGUUUUCUAUCCUAUUUACACUCUGUGUUUAUUCAGAUUCACACCGUGUGUCUCUGGAUACAGCCCCCGCUCUCACACUACUCCUUUUAGGGGAAACCCCUUUUCCUUUUUAGUCUUCUUUAAGCAGCUGGAUUUGCAAAAAAAAAAAAUGUAAUCAUGGUGACCGGUAUUGUUGACAAAGGCACACACUGACAGCCUCCCCCCUCCCUCUGUAUAUAAACCCCUUAAUUCACUAUCAUGUUUUCUGAUGGUGCUUCACUUUUUUUGUGUCUGCUUCUGUUCUCUCUAUUCGCUUUGUUUGUGUUGCCUGUUUUUGGGGGGGUUGUCCCAUGAAAUGGAUCACUAAAUUAGCCUGCUGACUUAGUAAUGCUAUUUAAACACAAAUGUAGGUGUGUGGCUUGCGUGGUAGUGAACAAAGACAAACUUAAUCUCUAGCUUUGUGAGUGUACUAGCAGUCAGAUAUUCUUUCUCUUUGGCCUCUGAAAUUAUGUCUCAGAGUAUUUAGAAAAGGCUUGUUGGCUAACUCUGAUCCUGCUUUGUGACAUGCCCCUAUUUUAAUGCUGUGUAGAAUGUGCCUGAUGUUCCCUUUUUCCUUGACAUGAUAGAAACCACGACUUUCUGUGACUGUGCUGCUUUAAGCCGGUUUUUACUUAAACAUUUGAUGAGUAAAUACAAGGAAAAGAUGAAGUAUCAGCUACAUUUACGUAUCGGAGCACAACCUCCCUUCUUUUACCCUCCCCCUCAUUAAGUUAUUCUGUGGGAGGAGUCUUGUCAAUCCAAACCCACUUUUUUUUUUUUUAAAUGGACUAAAAAAUUUUGUUACUGUCGACAUUUUCAUGAUGUCUGUUAAUAAAAAAGACCUAUUAUUCA